UGAGUUUAAUACUACUUUUUGUAAAAGUAUUCUCAAAUUUUAAGGGUUUAAUUCUAAAAACCUACAAACAGUAAAAAUGUUUGUCUUAAUAUUCGUGGUGAUCCUGCUGUCAACGGCCUUCCUACUGCUCAACUUGAAACUGCGUUUCCUUUACUGGAACCGCAGGAAAUUGAUGAGUUACCCUGCCUCAUUCCCAUUUGGUAGUUUGGACAACCUGCUGAAGAAAGAACAUGAUGUUGUGGGAGUGCAAUUCAAGAAAUUCUACGACUACUUCAAGUCCCAUUCUCAACCACAUGGAGGAGUUUUCGUUCUUACCUCACCAGUCUAUGUUCCAAUUGAUCCAACCAUCUUAAAGAAUAUCUUCAUCAAGGACUUCCAGUACUUCAACAGUAAGGGACUGUACCAGAAUGAAAAAGAUCAACCCGUCCAUGGUAACUUGUUCCAACUGGCUGGUGACAAAUGGAAGAAUCUUCGCACCAAAUUAUCUCCGACUUUCACUUCUGGUAAGCUAAAGAUUAUGUUCUCCACUGUCAAAGAUUGUGACUCCCUGGUCGCCUCCCUGGAGAAACACGCUGAUGAAGGUUCAUUGGUUGACAUCAAAGAUUUGGCAACCAAAUACGCAUUGAAUGUUAUUGGCUCAGUUGCUUUUGGUAUUGAUUGCGGUGCUUUUGAAGAAGAAUCAGAAUUUAGAUUCUAUGCCAAGAAAAUGUUUGAACCCACAAAAGCUAGAGCACUCAUUAGAGCAUUUGCCAUUGCGUGUCCUGAUUUUGCAAAGAAGUUUGGCUGUCUUACAUUUGAAAAAGACGAAGAAAUAUUUUUCUCCAACGUUGCAAGAGACAACGCAAAGUACCGAGACGAGAAUGAUGUCACACGCAACGACUUCUUCCAACUGAUGCUUGAAUUGAUGAGAAACUCAACAGCAGACUCGCUGAUCGACUUGCAGGAUAUCGUCAAUCAAUCGUUUGUUUUCUUCCUGGCUGGUUUUGAAACCUCUGCUAAAACUAUGUCUUACUCUUUGAUGGAGCUGGCCAACAAUCAAGAACUCCAAGAUAAAGCAAGAGAUGAAAUUGAAGAGAUGAUCCAGAAGUAUGGUGGCAUGAACUAUGAAGCUGUUCAUGAGAUGAAGUAUCUUCAACAAAUCAUUGAUGAAACCCUGAGGAAAUACCCUCCAUUAACUGUUGUCAACCGUGAAUGCAGUGCCAGAUAUCAAGUUCCCGGCACCAAAGUAGUUCUGGAUCCGGGUACCAAAGUCUACAUCCCUGUUUUUGCAAUUCAUCGUGAUCCAGAGCACUACCCCAACCCAGAUUAUUACGAUCCAGAGCGUUUUAGCGAAGAGAACCGCGCCAAGAGAGCACCCUUCACUUACAUUCCUUUUGGUGAGGGCCCUAGAAUCUGCAUUGGCAUGAGAUUUGGGUACAUGCAGAACAAGAUUGGUCUCGCUAUGCUUCUGCGUAAGUACAGGUUCACGUUGCACGAAUCGACCAAACUUCCGUUGGAAUUCAAAACUGGUGUUCUUAUUUUGAACCAUAAGGGUACCAUUAACUUGACUUGUGAAAGAAUUAAUGGAUAGAUAAUUAUCAUUUUUAUUAGCAAAUUGGUUAAUCAUAGCAAUUAACCUGAUAAUCUAAUAUUUCAUUUUGAUUAAUUGUAAUCAUUUUGACUAUCUGAUGAAUUGAUUAUCAGCCCAGAAUCUGAAUCUUUUUAAUUGUAAUUAAUUUAAGAUUUUAACAUUUAACAUUGUAUAUAUUAUUAUAUUAGUAUUUUAUAUUGUAAAAACUGUUAAUAUUAAAUAUAUUUUAUUAUGAAAGAA